ACCAGCUGGAACUGGAACUGGAACAGUUUGCUGUGUGACUGAAGCUGAAAAAACAAAGUUAACCUCAAAAGAUGAACAGGAAACAGAAAACCACACCAGCAGCAGCGGAACUGGUGUUGCUCACAGUCUCGUAGUUUAUUCCUGUGGUGCGACAGAAGAGACACAAGGAUGAAGAUGAUCUACAGCAUCCUGCUGCUCCUCAGUCUGACCUCCUGUGUCUCUGGAUGAAGAUGAUCUACAGCAUCCUGCUGCUCCUCAGUCUGACCUCCUGUGUCUCUGGACCAUUUGAAUUGAAUGUGAAACAGACCUCCUAUCAGGCAGAGGAGAACCACAACAUCACACUGGAGUGGAUGUUCACACCCAGAACCAACAGUUCCCCCAAAUCACUAUUUAUCUACUGUGAACUGUCGGCUGAUCUCAAAGCCUCAGUCCUGUUUCAUCUCCAUGAAGGUGUUGAGGUCCCAGAGUCUCAGGAUGAACAGUUUACAGGACGAGUCCAGUGGGACAAAGACGUCCUCAGAGACGGACGAAUCAGUCUUCACAUGUCCAGACUCAGGAUUAAUGACUCUGGUUGGUACCAGUGUGACGUGCGGACAGGUUAUGGUAGUGGCUCUAGGAUAUGUCGCCUCAAUGUCACAGCAGCUGCUGAUGAGCCCAAACCUCCGACACCAACAAUGAGACCACAACCAGAGAGUCGGGGAAGGAUCGUCCUCUACGUUGUACUGACAGCAGCUCUACUGGCUCUCUGUGCUGGACUCUUCUUUGCCUUCAGUCAUAAACGUACUCGUAGGCCUUGUGGAGGAAACAAUGAAACAGACGUACAACCGAAUCUAAAUGACCCGGGGGAGGAUAUACCUCUGGAGGAUUACAGAGAGAGGAGAUGAUAGUGGCAUUGUCAAUAUGAGCAAAAAUAUAAAAUGUCACAGAAUGAUGCAUGUUUUUGAGAUACAGUGUAAAUAUAGAACACACAGCAUUUUUAGCUUUAUAAAAUGUUUAACUAUGUUGUAUGUGUAAGGCAGUAGUCCCCAUCCAGAUCCCCAUCCAGAAUGGAGCAAUUAUCCAUGUUUGUCCCUUACAGGACACCGUAGUUCUGAAAUUGAUGGUGCAUCCCAAAGCUCUUAUUUGUCGUUUCCUCGCUCCUCGCUCCUCGAUUGAACCGGAAGUUGUUCUGGUGCGCCAUCUUGAAGAACGUCCCAAAGCUCUUAUUUCUGCACCGAGGAGCGAGGAUUGAGGAUAAACCAGUGCAUCCUUCACGGAAGUCUUUUACCGACCGACACGCCCCCUUAUUGGAUAUCAGUUACUGAUUGGACGCUGCUGCCGACCGCACUGAUCUGAUAACUUUACCUCUCA